GGCAGGAGGAGAAGGCUUGGGGCUUGAAGACCAGGCUGGGACCUCACUGCCUCCCUCUACGUGGUGCCCCCAGAACUACACUUCUGCCCCCCACUGUCUGGAGGCUCUGCAAGAACUCUACAACCACAUCCACAGGUGCUACGACCAGAUUAUCAGUGCCCUGGAGGAGGACCCUGUGGGCCAGAAGUUGCAGCUGGCCUGCCGCCUGCAGCAGGUCGCUGCCCUGGUGGAGAACAAAGUGACUGACCUGUGAGCAAGCCGGAUCCAGCACCACCGCAGUGCCUUACAACCCCGAAACCGAGCCAGCCACCGAGGGGAACCAGCAGAACCAGGGGCGCAGGGUACACAGCCAGGCACUGUGCCCAGCAGUGGGCUCCCUGCCUGCCACCUCCCCUGCCAGCCAGCCCACCUGCCUUCCCCUACCUGGGCUUGUUUCUAAUUUAUAAGGAUUCCCCUCCUUCCCCCUCUUCCCACUGUAUUUAUUUGCCUGCUGGAACAUUACAUCUUGAAAUAAAAUAGAAAUGUCUUUUUAUUUUGAGAUAGAGUCUCGCUCUCCCAGGCUGGAGUGCAGUGGUGUGAUCUCGGCUCACUGUAACCUCUGUUUCCCAGGUUCAAGCAAUUCUCAUGCCUUGGCCUCCCAAGUAGCUGGGAUUACAGGCACCUGCCACCACAUCCGACUAAUGUUUGUAUUUAUAGUAAAGAUGGAGUUUUGCCAUGUUGGCCAGGCUGGUCUCAAAGUCCUGACCUCAGGUGAUCUGCCCGCCUCGGCCUCCCAAAAUGCUGGGAUUACAGGCAUGAGCCACCAAGCCAGAAAUGUCUUUUUAGAAAGGGCCCAAUCCCCAGCCCCUGCUUUUCCCUGUCCGAGUUGACUCAGUACUCUCCUGACCUGGGAGACCCUCAGCCCCAUGGCUAUGACCUGCUGCCCAUGGACAGAGGGAGGCCAUCAGGUACCCGGGCUUCACUCUCCCCUCGACCUCCCUGGCCCCACAGGAAGGCAGCCCCUCCACCAGUGCCAGUUCAGGAACACUGCACCUAUGUCUUGGGACAAGCCCCCUCCCUGCCAAGCACCGUCCCCUUCACUGGGACUCCUCCAGCAGGCCCAAGCUCCACAUGAACUCACAGACUCCAGUGCUCUAGCUCUUGCCCCCGAACCAUUCAGCCACUGUGACCAGCACGUCGAGAGCUGUGCCCUGUGCUGCCCCGGAUGCUUCUGGGGACCCAAUUUCUCCUGUUCUCUCAAGAUGCAGCCUCCAGGUCACAGGCCCCUUAGUCACCACCACACUCAUGGGAAAGUGGCUAUGGGUUUGCUUGUCCCCAACAGCAAGUGACUUCUUGCUGUCUCCCCCAUGUCCAGCUAUGGAGGAGCCCACGGCAGGCACUUGGCAAAUGGUGGAGAGGGAAAGCAGGUGCUGGGAGCCAGAAUGCCAGGCAGGGCCACAGAAGCAGGUUCUGGGCUGACAAGCUCCCAGGCCUCCCCUCAGCAGGCCUGGUGCCUCUGGUAGUGGAAAUGAGGGGUCCCUAGUAAUGCCACAUUUAGAAGGCAUGGGGCUCCCACAUGUCCUAGAAGCUGAUGAAAUGCAGUAGAAGCAGGAAGCAGCUGUGAGCGGCCAGGGAUGGAGUUCCCAUGGGAAUGCGAGGGGCACAUCCAGGAGGACGUCCGCAGGGGCAUGGGUGGUGGGGGCUUGGCCUAAGGACCAGAUCGCCAAGUGGAGCAUGUCCCCGAGGUAGGCACUGGAGCACAGGAGCUAGGCCUGGGGUAUGGGUUACUUCACCCCUGCAUGGACCUCCCACUCAGCUCAGGUGCAGGCGCUCAGCCUGGGGGUCCAGUUGCCCUUGGUCCCCCAGCAAUAGCCCCCUCUGCCUCCAGGGUGGGUCUGGAGCAGGAAGGGGGCUUGGCCCGGGGGCUGGGCUCUCUGGGCCGCUGUCACGCCGCCCCCUCCCCGUGCUGCAUACCUUGCCCACAGCCGAGCAGCUGGGAGGCUAUUUAUAAAGGCGGGUGAGAUCAGCAGCCGGCCGAGUCUAUAAAUUCACAGGCCGCGGCCGGGCCCCACAGGAGUAGCCGCCCAGGGCACCGGAGCUACUGGCUGCGCAGCGCAGCCGGGAUGAGCGCCAGCACAGGCAGUGGUGGGGACAGUGGCAGCAGCAGCAGCAGCUCACAGGCCUCCUGUGGGCCCGAGUCCUCGGGCUCUGAACCAGCCCUGGCCACACCGGCGCCUCAGAUGCUUCAGGGGCUUCUGGGCUCCGAUGACGAGGAACAGGAAGACCCCAAGGACUACUGCAAGGGCGGCUACUACCCUGUGAAGAUCGGCGACCUGUUCCAUGGGCGGUACCACGUGGUGCGCAAACUGGGCUGGGGCCACUUCUCUACCGUCUGGCUCUGCUGGGACAUCCAGCGCAAGCGCUUUGUGGCCCUAAAAGUGGUGAAGAGUGCAGGGCAUUACACGGAGACAGCUGUGGAUGAGAUCAAGCUCCUGAAAUGUGUCCGGGACAGUGACCCCAGUGACCCCAAGAGAGAGACCAUUGUCCAGCUCAUUGAUGACUUCAGGGUCUCAGGAGCCAAUGGAGUCCAUGUGUGCAUGGUGCUGGAGGUGCUGGGCCACCAGCUCCUCAAAUGGAUCAUCAAGUCCAACUACCAGGGCCUGCCUGUGCCCUGCGUGAAGAGCAUUGUGAGGCAGGUGCUGCGCGGCCUGGACUAUCUCCACACCAAGUGCAAGAUCAUCCACACAGACAUCAAGCCUGAGAACAUCCUGCUGUGUGUGGGGGAUGCCUACGUCAGGCGCCUGGCAGCCGAGGCUACCGAGUGGCAGCAGGCAGGGGCGCCACCCCCCUCCCGCUCCAUAGUCAGCACUGCCCCCCAGGAGGCCUUGACGGGUAAGCUGUCCAAAAACAAGAGGAAGAAGAUGAGGCGCAAGCGAAAACAGCAGAAGCGGCUGCUGGAGGAGCGGCUGCGGGACCUGCAGAGGCUGGAGGCCAUGGAGGCCGCGGCCCAGGCCGAGGACUCCAGCUUGAGACUAGAGGGGGGCAGCGGCUCCACCUCCUCUUCGGGUUGCCACCCUGGGGGCACCAGGGUAGGCCCCUCCCCAGCCUCCUCCUCCCCUGCUCCAGGGGGCAGCCGCAGCCUCAGCCCUGGCUCACAGACCUCAGGCUUCUCCGGCUCCCUUUUCUCUCCUGCCUCCUGCUCCAUCCUCUCCGGCUCAUCCAAUCAGCGCGAGACCGGGGGCCUCCUGUCGCCCAGCACACCAUUCGGUGCCUCAAACCUCCUGGUGAACCCCCUGGAGCCCCAAAAUGCAGAUAAAAUCAAGAUCAAGAUCGCAGACCUGGGCAAUGCCUGCUGGGUGCACAAGCACUUCACAGAGGACAUCCAGACUCGGCAGUAUCGGGCCGUCGAGGUGCUCAUUGGCGCCGAGUAUGGCCCCCCGGCGGACAUCUGGAGCACGGCCUGCAUGGCCUUCGAGCUGGCGACUGGAGACUACCUGUUCGAGCCACAUUCUGGAGAAGACUACAGUCGUGAUGAGGACCACAUCGCUCACAUCGUGGAGCUUCUGGGGGACAUCCCCCCUGCCUUCGCCCUCUCGGGCCGCUAUUCCCGGGAGUUCUUCAACCGGAGAGGAGAGCUGCGGCACAUCCACAAUCUCAAGCACUGGGGCCUGUACGAGGUGCUGAUGGAGAAGUAUGAGUGGCCCCUGGAGCAGGCCACACAGUUCAGCGCCUUCCUGCUGCCCAUGAUGGAGUACAUCCCCGAAAAGCGGGCCAGCGCAGCCGACUGCCUCCAGCACCCCUGGCUCAACCCCUAGGCAGCCAAGGCUCCGCCCCCAGCCCUGCAAGCCUAGAGGGAAAGCGGGACAGCUCCCGCACCCUGCUGGGCGCCAGCUCCCCUCAACAGCAGGGCAGACGGACACUGUUGCCAGGCCCGGCUCUCAGAACGUAUUCUGCCUGAGACCCCUGGGAGGGCCUCGGAGGUAUGCGUGUUCCUUUCUUAAUAAAGUGUGGUCUGAACACCA